UAAAUGUCUAUAUAGACUUUGAUUCUGUGCGCCUGACAGGCCAGUGGGCACAGUGAUCAGCGUUAAUGGCUGUAAUGUGCAGUGGCUGGUUUUGGUUUGUGAGACCGGAAUCGCGCUGACAGUGACAUUUUACCGUGAAAGGUUUUCCUGUGCUCCUGAAAGGCCUUCACUGUGAAGGGCUGAUGCUGAGGGACUAUCAGUUUAUUCACACCACGUUUCAGAUUCAUGUCAGAGUUUCUUAUGGAGCUCUUCAUUCUUUCUCUCCAAACUGCUUGUUUUGAAAUUGGUGGGGAUGGAACAUUAAUUCCGAACACACCUAUGACUCCGCUCUUAGUCAGCCACUUGCUGGUAAAUGCUGUCCUUUGUUUACUGCGUAACGAUGGAGAGACCUGCCUGUAAAACUGGAGAUGGUAAUGGAAUACAUGACACAUCGUAUACAACUAUCAAGUCAGAUAUUGAUAAUGGUGUUGGUCAAAUUAGCAUUCAUAAAAUCGUAAGAAAGAGUUUGUGUUAACUGUUUCCAGUGUUAACUGAAGUCAUGGAACAAUUGUUUAAUGGUUAUUUAAGUGGAUAAUCAAAUGAAAGAGACGUGGGGGUUUUUAGUGGGAAAAAAAAAAAAAAAAAUGAUUGUAUUACCCUGUCCACCAGCCCCUUUUUUCUUUGUUAAUCUUUCCACUUCUUUCUAUUAGUGCAUGGGAAGUUGAAAGAAGAAUUUGCUGGAAAGGAUAAAAUCCAAUUAAUUCUUAAAACUCUCUGAAAUACCAAAUGGUCUGUGGUUGACCACAUUACUGACACCUGUUCUGUGUUACUCUGGCAGCCCACGUAGCAAUUUCUAUUAUUUUUUAGAUUCUUACUGCAACUGCAGAGCUUUGUUUAUGAUUCUAUUUUAGUUCCUCCAAGCAAGCUGGUUUCUUCAGCAUGUUAUUUCCAGAGUACUCUCCUAGACCCCCUAGGAAAGCAUCAGCCUCUGUGGUAGUUAAUAUCCUUAAUUAGAGGACAAGGCAGUGCCAUGUAAAACAAAUAAACUUCACGUGGUUUUGUACCAAUGGUCCCUGCUUGCUUUUGAACACAAAAAUCUCGAUGUUUCUUGUUUAGGCAUUUGUCUUUUAUUUACUGCUUCUGUGGAGAACCUAAUCUCCCUCCGAAUCAGAGAUUACUGCUAUUUCGAAUGGAGUCAGUGCAGCAUUUUGUGAUUUUUUUUUUCCUUGUCAUUAGCAGAUACAAAACUUGUUUCCCUAACUAUUGAUACACAAUCAAUUAAAAGUUAAGUAAAUUUAAAACCUUUUCUUCAUUGCAAUAUAGUUAAAAAACUACAGGUACUAAUAAAAUAUCAAUCAGUACAUAGACUGACUAUUGCUUUGUAGAAGAGCAAAGCUAUACAAAUUAUGUUUUCUUGAUUAAUUUCUCCCAAAUAGUGCAAUCAGAGAACUUGUCAGUUUUCUCAGACAGCUCAUGGCUAUUUUCUUUCUUUAGAUAGUUUCCUCACUGUGCUGGCGUUAAGCAGCUCUUUGUCUGUUAUCUGCUUAUAAAUACUUACUAUUUCCCCCAGCUGCAAGAGCCAGAGUAUAAUAAGGAAGUAAAAAAACCCCCCAAACCAACCCUACCCCUCUCAAAACCUGAAACCGAGCAAAAAAAGAAACCCCAGCAACACACAAAGACUUGGAUAUGAAAAUUACUGAAGGGAUUAUUUUUAUCGUUGCUUGACCUCUUGUUCUCUCUUUCAGAUUUUUAAAAUGUGACGUUAGCCCAUUUUGUUGUUUAAAGGUGGAAGUGUUAAGGGCUCUUUAGUCUGGGGCGGUUCUGUCAGUCCAAAGGUUUAAUCAUGUCUGUAAAGUGAACUCUUGCUUUAGAAUUCUUAACAGCAAGUUUUGUAGAGUGGGGCAGGCUUCAGAACCCUGUCACAGGUCCUGAACCUUCAGAAUCUAUCACAGGUUGUGGCAUAUUAUUUUUCUUUUGCCAAGUGAAUGUGCUGGAAGAAACCCAGUAGGAACCAGCAGGUUAUUGCCUGAUGGAAAGGAAAAAGGUCAUCGUUGAACUGGGCAUUGAUAUUUUGUUGGACAUAGCAGCUUUCACUUUGUACUUGCUUCUGAGUUGUGAACUCAGCUUGAGGUGGGAGAUGCUGUCACACAGAUGGUUUUUUUGGUAUGCUGUGGCUGUCACUCUUUUUUGCCAAUUACUGUCUUUGAUGUCUCUUUCAUAGUUUGGUAACUUUCUUGGUGACAGUUUGGGUUUUUUUUUUUAGAUGUCAUUAUGGUGUUUAAAAUACAGAGCAAGGCAAGGAGAUCUCUAGCUGCUUUGUUCUUCGAGUGUUUCAACUUUGUUCUUCCAGGAUUUCUAAAAAUCUAACUUUUCUGAAUGUGACAUUUACCUGAGAAUGUUUCAAGAACAAUGAAAAAAGGCUGUAGUAUCUAGAAAUGGCUGAGGAACCCAAGAUAGGAGAACCAGAAGCAUGGUGGCUGUCUUUAUUACUAAUUUUGAAGGACAGGGAGAAUUAGAGAUUGACAGACUAGUCUGCUUACUUUUGAAUUCCUGAAAAAAAAAAUGGAACAAAAGCUAUUUGUAGGCAUCCAGAAUAUAAUAGCUGAGUAAAAGGCAGCAUCAGUUUUUCAAGGACAAUUUCUUGAAGUAAUCUAACUUAUUUCACUGAUUUUAUUCUGUUUCUCAGGAUGUUUUUGCUGGGAAGAACAGUGGGAACAGCUACUGUUAUGAUUAAGGAGGUCAGCCCCUUGUCAACUACUCUUCAUGAUAUUUACAAAGAGUUUCCAUAAUGAAAUAACAUGAUUGUGAUAACUUAAAAAGGCAUAAAGCUUGAAGGAAUUUCAGACCUUUUUGAGUGUGGUAGUGGAAACCAAAAUGUCUUGAAGAUUCAGAAGCCUGCAGGAGAGGAAAGGGUACGAAUGAGUACAGUUUCAUGCCUGCUCGUAAGUUAAUCUUCCUGAUUAACUACAGAUAUACUGGGUAGAGAACAGUGUGGUGUUUCUUAGAGGGAAAUAAUUUGGAGGGCAUAAUAAGCUGAGUACAUGAAGGGAAUAUCGCUGAGGUUAUACUUUUAUUGAUACAUUUCAGUAAGGCAUGUGAAGCAAUGUUUACCCUCAGUUCAGGCCUUCUCAGGUACUAGGUAGGACACUGCCUGGGUUCCAGCUCACUGUAGGAGUGAGUGAACUGAGGAGAGUAUCCAGAGCAGCAAUGAGAAAUCUGUAGAAAGUGUGAUAUUAGACUGACUGGGAAGGAUUGAAGCACCAAUUACAUUGGUCUGCAACAUGAACAAUCUAUUGGUAGAAUGCUUUCUUGCGAAGUUUGAAAAGAAGAAAAGUGUGGUACAGUCUGAUGUGGGAUUUCUGAUAAAGGGGUAUUGGAGACCUCUUUAGUGAGACCAAGGUCCUUCACAGAUAUGCUCUACUCUGUUUAGCCAUUCUUUAAGAAUAUAAUAUUGGAAUGUCUUUGUUGUUAAAUUUCAUGCUAUAUAUAAAAGCUCUAAGAAAGUGUGGCUUUUUCAUUCUCUGCUGCUUCAUUUAUCAACUUCAGUAUUUCUGUACCAGGCAGAGUAGUUCAUUUGUAGUGUAGAUGGUUAUGAUGUGGUUAGCCUUGAGGUUGGCAUGGUAAUUCAAUACUGUUGAUAGUUUGGAGUCUCCAAGGCAAUUAAGUGUGAACUGAGCUUGCAAAGAGUUAUUGACAGGGUUUGGACUCUAGAGGAUUUAAUGUCAGAAUUUUGAAAUGUAUGUCCUAUGUGGGGGUACUCGAACUUCCAUUCACAAAAUUAAAAACUUUCUGAUUUUGCAUGUGUCUGAAACAAAGCAAGAAAAUCCUAAGCCUACACAAGAGUGUUGUCUUUUACUGGUUAAGUUGCACUUCAGUGCCAGUGUUUCAGCUUUUGAUCUCCUAUUAAUCUGUAGCUGCCUUAUUCUCCAGAAACAGAGUAUGCUGAUAGAUAUUCUUCCCUUCAGAAUGAGGAAUUUUGUAACUUCUUGUUAUUGCUUAAUAGGAGCAUGUUCUAAGCAGUGGAAGGUUGUGCAGUGUGAGAGAACUCCUCUCAAGUACUUCAUUGAUCUCAGGAGAACCUGAGGGUUCAGGAAUUGUAGCCAGCUGAUACUAGGGUGCCAUGCACUAAUAGUGAGAAGCCUGCCUAAAUAAAACAAAGAAACAGAAUUAUGUGAGAGAAACUUGCCUUUCUUUGAGGUACCAACCAGAUUCAGAGGCAAAUGCUGCUUGCUGUGGGAAGGCGUGGCUCUAUAGCCUGCAGUAAUGUAUUUUAAGGUCUAAUUCUAGUAGCAUGGGUCCCAGAUAUGUCUGUCCCAUUAGGCAGGAUUUAGUUCACAAUAAGAGCUCCUCUCAAGCAUUGCAUAUCUCACCUUGUGGAUUUUUUUCCAUUUAAGCUGUGUGUGUGAAGAACUAGUUUUAAGUGGUUUCUAUCUAAAAAUUUGAAAUGUAAUUUUGAAAAUAUGUAUUUAUUAUUUUAAAACAAGUCUUAUUUGUCAUCAGUUGCAGUCUGAAAAAAAAAAUAGGCCUUUUGUUCUGUAUUUUGAGAUUGAAAUAGGAACCAGGUCAAGAACAAAAAAAUGUAGUUUACACCUGCAAAGUUGCUUUUGUCUUUGAAAGUGAGCUAAGUUUCGGUGGAACUCAGUUCCAUCUCCAUUUUUUAGCAUAUUCAGCAUAUUUUUAUAAUCUUUUUGGAAGUUCCCUCAUGGUAGUAACAGUAUAGCAUCUUGCACAAAAACUUUUCACCUUCUGUUUUGAUAGCAGCUUUUUAGGUGUGACUAUAGUAAAGAAUUAUAUAGGUGUGACUAAUAGAGAGUAUCCUCUAUAAUUUUUUUGUUUACAUAGUAUAAGGUGUGGCUGUAACGUGCACCUAAAGCUACAUAUGUCAGAUAGCACUGCCUUAAUGAAGUCAAUAUAUGAUAUUUAUUUUCCAUUCAUUUUUGGUGGAAUUUGCUACGAUAGUAUAAAUACAAGAGACUGCUUUCUGAGGAAGCAACAAUGGUGCAAUAGAAUAGACAAGGACUUGCUUAGCAGAAGUGAUUGAGGAAUGGGUUAGCUAUCCUGGAUUUACAAAUGAUCUAGCCAAAACGUGGAACAGGCAGAUAGCAUGGGCAUACUUUGACCUAACAGAAAUGCUAUUUAUUUGAUAAACAUGUUAGAUAAAAGGCAGAAGAUAAGAAGUAUGUGCAUCUUUGAUAAAGUAACUGGAGCUGUUUUCAGAACAUGGGCUGCUCUGUGUAUAGCAGCUGACAUGGAGUACACAGACUGCUCUUACUAUUUGGAAAUUAAAUGUGAAAGUAGCAAAAUUGGAGGGGAAAAGAAAAAAAUCACAAAAUAAUUGUCCUAUGUGUCCUAAAGGAAGUACUAGCAUCACAAACUUUGGAAUUUUGUAGUUAAAGACACUUCUCACUGCUGAGUGCCCUCAUCCAUAACAGAUCUGCUUAAGCAGUAUACUGAGAGAUUAGUAAAAGAAAAAGGUCAUUUUAACAAAUUCUGAAGGGAUUUGAAAGUCAGUUGAGGAAAUUUUAGCAGUAGCAUUUCUUUUAAAUCUGUCAAGUUCCAGUGAAUAGUGAAAGCACUGAAAAUUCAGCAGUGGGGAAGCCAUGGCAAAACAUAUCCUAUUUCCAUUAAAUGAAACCAGCUAUGAUAGUAAUUCUGAGGGAGAAGCAAGUCAGCCUGACCAGGUUCUGAUCUGCCUUUUUAAGUGAGCUGCGCUGUGCAGCUGGGGUGAACACUCAAUAAUGAGUGGUGCAGCAUUGGGCCUUGAGAUAGUAUUUGUCUUCUUUCUGGCCUUAUUCCUGCUUCAUCGGUAUGGAGACUUCAAGAAACAGCAUAGGCUGGUGAUCGUAGCAACAUUAUUGGCUUGGUAUCUCUGCUUUCUCAUUGUAUUUAUACUGCCGCUGGAUGUCAGUACGACUAUAUAUAAUCGGUGCAAACUUGCUGUUAACUCCAGCCCUGCAGAAAGUAAUGGCUCUUAUGUUACUCUUGCUCCAAGCAAGCAAAAAUGUUUCAAACCAUGGAGUUACAUUCCUAAUGGAAUUAUGCCAAUUUUCUGGCGUGUCGUAUAUUGGACAUCACAGUUUUUAACAUGGAUUCUGCUACCUUUCAUGCAGUCAUAUGCUAGAUCAGGAGGGUUCUCCAUUACUGGGAAGAUUAAAACUGCAUUGAUUGAGAAUGCAAUCUAUUAUGGCACUUACUUGCUGAUUUUUGGAGCAUUUUUAAUAUAUGUGGCUGUAAACCCAAACUUCAAUUUACAAUGGAACCAACUUCAGACUAUUGGGAUAGCUGCUGCAAACACAUGGGGUCUCUUUCUUCUUGUGUUGCUUUUGGGUUAUGGUUUGGUGGAAAUUCCCCGCUCUCACUGGAAUGGGGCCAAGAGAGGUUAUCUGCUCAUGAAGACCUAUUUCAAAGCUGCUAAACUGAUGACUGAAAAAGCAGAUGCAGAGGAGAAUUUAGAGGAUAUUAUGGAGGAAGUUCGUAAAGUAAGUGAGAGUAUCAAGUAUAACCACCCUUUGAGAAAAUGUGUUGAUACAAUACUGAAAAAGUGUCCUGCUGAAUACCAGGAAAGAAUGGGUAGGAACAUGGAUGAUUAUGAAGAUUUCGAUGAAAGACAGAACAGUUAUCCAACUGAAAAAAGUUUGGUCAAACUUCACAAGCAGGUAAUCUAUUCAGUACAGAGACAUCGUCGUACACAGGUCCAGUGGCAAAUUCUUUUAGAACAAGCAUUUUACCUAGAAGAUGUGGCAAAAAAUGAAACAAGUGCCACUCGGCAGUUUGUUCAUACCUUUCAUUCCCAGGAACCAGAGAAUAAAAUCAUUCAGUAUUUCUACACACCAACUGUUGAGUGGUACUGGGAAUGCCUUCUACGACCAUGGUUUUACAGGGUGCUUGCUGUUGUUCUGGCCACAUUCUCUGUCAUUGUUGUGUGGUCAGAGUGCACCUUUUUCAGCACAAAACCAGUUUUAUCACUGUUUGCAGUUUUCAUACAGCUGGCAGAAAAGACAUAUAACUAUAUAUACAUAGAGAUGGCCUGUUUUCUUACCAUCUUUUUCCUAAGUAUCUGUGUUUACUCUACUGUCUUCAGGAUCCGUGUAUUUAACUAUUAUUACUUAGCUUCACAUCAUCAGACAGAUGCAUACAGUCUCCUUUUCAGUGGCAUGUUGUUUUGCCGUCUUACUCCACCAUUAUGCUUGAACUUUUUGGGGUUGACCCACAUGGAUGCAACAAUCUCUCACAAAAACACUCAGCCAACUGCUUAUACAUCUAUAAUGGGAUCCAUGAGAGUGCUGUCCUUCAUUGCAGAUGGAUUCUAUAUAUAUUACCCAAUGCUUGUUGUCAUUCUCUGUAUUGCCACAUACUUCAGUUUAGGAACUCGUUGUUUGAAUCUUUUGGGAUUCCAGCAGUUCAUGGGGGAUAGCGAAAUGACCUCUGAUUUGAUUGAUGAAGGGAAAGAGCUAAUCAGAAGAGAGAAAAGAAAACGACAAAGGCAGGAAGAAGGUGAAAACAGAAGAAGGGAAUGGAAGGAACGAUAUGGAAAUAGAGACGAUUCCACUAGAAACAGAGUUGUCCACACAGACCAAAAAGAAUCCAGUUUCUCAGAGACCAAUACCAAUAGACCACUAUCAAAGUAUACCCGAUCAAAUGGUAGGACUGAAAGAGAUAGAAUAGAACUUCUCCAGGAUGCAGAACCUUUGGAUUUUAAUGCAGACUCAAUUAAUGAUGACCCUCUUGAAUCGGACUCUGGAAGAUACCAGCCUGGUGGAAGAUACCUGUCAAUGUCUCGGAGCAAAAUAUUUGAUGAUGUCUAAACUCCUCAAAGCUAAAGAAAAUUCACAGGAAAUCUAUUCCCUACUUGUUGCUUGGAAAAUACUAUUUAUGAUGUAUCACUGAACCAGAGAAGAUAGUAUUUCUUUAAAAAAUUAAUAUGAAGGAACAACUAUUUUGGAAACGCACCUGUAUAUGACAAGAAUAUGCUUCUUCUAUUGUAGAUAUUGUUGUGCAUCAGUGUGGGCUUUUGUGUCAUGACCAAAAGGAGAAAAAUAUUAAUUAAGUUAAUAGAGGGUAAACUUCAUGAAUAUACCCAGGGCUCAACUUGCUGUAACAUUUUAAGUUUUAGGAAGAGGAUUUUUUGGAAGGAUUUUUUUUUUUUUGUAUUUUAACAGACGCUGUGAGAGCAUUUUAAUGCAUCCAAAGUGCAGUUUUAUCAAUUACUAUAAUAAACACUUUCUAUAUUUUUUCUAUUAGAACUUAAUGCCUAGUCCAAAAUCUGCUGAAUGAUAUUAAGGCUUCUUUUGGCUUCAGUGAUCUUUGAAUCAUAGAAUCAGAGAAUCAGCUAGGUUGGAAAAGACCUUUUAAGAUCACCAAGUCCAACCAUUACCCAGGACUGCCACCACUAUACCAUAUCACUGAGGGCCUCAUCUACAUUGGUUUUGAACGCUUCAACUUUCCUGGGAAGCCUGUUCCAAUGCCUGAUUACCCAGUCUGUGAAGAAAUUUUUCCUAAUAUCCAGUCUAAACCUCCCCUAGUGCAGCUUGAGACCGUUUUCUCUUGUCCUAUUGCUUGUUACUUGGAAGAAGAGGCUGACCCCCACCUCACUACAACCUCCUUUCAGGUAGCUGUAGAGAAGGAUAAGGUCCUCCCUGAGCCUUUGCUUCUCUAGACUAAACAACCCCAGUUCCUCAGCUGUUCCUUAUCAGGCUUGUGCUCCAGACCCUUCACCAGCUUUGUUGCCCUUCUCUGGCCCCCUCCAUCACCUCAAUGUCUCUCCUGCAGUGAGGGGCCCAGAACUGGCAGAGGAUUCGAGGUGCAGCCUCACCAGUGCCCAGUGCAGGGGGAUGAUCACUGCCCUGACCCUGCUGCCACAUUGUUGCUGAUAGAGGCCAGGAUACUGUUGGCUUCUUAGCUGCCUGGACACAAGCUGGCUCAUGUUCAGCCGGGCGUCAGUCAGCACCCCCAGGUCAUGUAUCAGACCAUGUUUAAGCAGAAAGAUUGAAUGGCAGGCUGUCUUCAUAAAGUCAUAAACUGCAUGUUCCAGUAUUUAAAGGGUGGCUGCAAAGAAGUAGGAGAUUAUCUUUUUACAUGGAGUCACAUGGAAAAGAUGAGGGGUAGCGGGCACAGGUUACUCUUGGGGAGAAAAACAAAUUUUCACAAUGAGAACAAUCAUUGGAAUAACCUCCCCAGGGAAGUGGUGGAUUCCCUGGCAUGGGACACCUUUAAGAGUCAGCCAGACAGGAUGUUGGGACCUUGUCUAGACUGUGCUUUUGCCAGGAAGGGUUGGACCAGAUGAUUCUUGCAGUCCCUUCCAACCUGGUAUUCUAUGAAAUUUGGUGGGAUAAAUUUUGAAGCAAGCUGUAUUGGUCAAGAAAGGCUCUGUUUUUCUUUUCCAGCAUUAUAUGCAGAUAAAUAAUUUUAGCAUGUGUAAAUAUUUGAAAUUGACUAUGACUAUAGUUUCACUGUCAUAUAAGCAUAUGUGCAAUAGCAGGAAUACAUUAUCAAAGAUACAAUACCUGAUUUAAGAUUUUUACAGGUGUAAUGGUUGAAAACCUUGGCACACUAGCAUUUUUGUAACUGUAAGAGAAAUAUAAUGUGAAAAUUGAGUUAAAUGCUGAAACAUUAUGAUUUGCACACAACUCGGGCACGGCUUCAAAUUGUAGAGUAUCCCUUUAAGAGAAGGGAAAUACAUAGCAUGACUAGAUAAUGGUAAACACUUUUAAUGUCCCAGAUACCCUGCUUGCAUCAUGUAUCUGUUUUUAAGGUGCCUGUAUUUUGCAGUAACUUGUUGCAAAAGGAAUAAUGCUUAUUCAUUUGAAUGCCAUUCAAAAAUGCCAAUUAUUAACAGUGUAAAAAAACUUCACAUGAAUUUCAUUGGUGUAGAUAUAUUUUUAAACUGUAGUUAGUUAAAAGAUUUUUCAAAUGUAAUCAUAAGGUAAAAGAUGUGGUCAAAUUCAUUAUAUCUUUGGAAAUCUGCUUUAUUUAAAAUGUUGUAUUAUUGCAGUUUGUCUUAAGUCUUUACCACUUGGGGAUUUUCUUACAUUCUUAUUGCAAACUUAUGUUGAAAACUGAAAGAGAACAUGUUUUUAUUAUAAAUUCUUUAUCAUGCUUAAAAAACAGAUAUCCCUUAAAGCAGCUAGGAAUGAGUUAUUGUGGAAAGAAAAUUUUUAUGAAUGAGGUGUUCUACUGAUUUUUUAAAAUAGUCUUUGUUUCUGAAGUAAUUGUUAAUGGGGAUCUAACUACGUCCUGUGAUUUAGUACAUCAUGUGUUCUAACAGUAGUGGUAUGUGUAAUAUAUUGUUCUGCCUGUUUUAAAACACUUAAUUGUUAUUAUGAAGGAGAAAAAGAUACUCUAUUUGUAUAGAAAUACUUAUAUUAAUAAAUUAGCAGACAUGAAGUAAUCGUCAGUUCCGUUCUUAGGUGAAUACACUGAACAACAGCCAUGUCCACAUGUAUUCAAGGGCAUACAAUUUCCAGAUUACCUGUAAGAGGACACUUUCUUAGUUUUAGUAUUUUUUAUACUGUAAAAGCUUGAUCAAAGUCUUUUGGCGGUAUCAGGGACUUGUAGUUAAGAAAACGAGACUCUUUUUAUUCAGAUUGUUCUUCAACAACUUUUAUGUUAGCACCUAUUUAGUUUAUUUUAGAUCGAUCCUGAAUUCAGCCUUAUAUGAAGGGGAUUGUAUAUAUUCAUGGACAUCCAUCCACAUGAAUGUUCUUAGACUUGAUAUUUCUAUUUUUGAAGCUUAUGUCUCAUUUAAUUGCCCAAAAGUUUAUUUGUAAAAAAAUCUUUGGAUGAAAUAAGGUUCAAGUUCUUUGUUUAACUCUUGAAAAUGUCACUACAAAGGGAUCUAAUUCAGUGCUAAUGGAAAAAUUAUAGAAGGAAUAUUUGUUUUUCUGAGUGCUUGUGAAGUAUCAUUACCUAGCCCCUGCUGACUUCAGAGAAUUGGAUCAAGCCUUCUUGGACCUGGAUUUGUUGGUUUUUUUCCUCCCCUCUCAGAAAUCAGUGGAAUGGCUACAAACAGAAUUUUCAGUGGAAACUUGGUCUGGAUUUUAUGCAUGAAAGCUAACUAGUCCCUGGUGUAAGCCCUCUGUGCAAUUUUCAUUGGGAUACGAUAAUUUAAGGACUUGACUGUAUAAGUUAAUGGCAGUGGCAUUUCAGUUGCUAGCAGAAAGGCUAAGCUUAUUGAGGUGGGAAUCUACUGACCUUUUUUUGAUGUUGCAGUGGAGUAAUGGAGUUAGGAAUGGCUGCUUUGAGCCCUGAAAAUCUCUUGAGAGUUCUCUAGAUUGUGCUUGGAGAUUUCUGGUGUCACGUGCUCCCUGGGUGCUGGGUGUUUAAGUAAGGAGUUGAUAAUUGCUGACCAACAGUUACUCUUGCUCUCAUUAUAUGCAAUUUUUAGGCAAAUUAAAGUGUGUUUUGAAAAUUAAUUAUGAGUUCAUAUGAGUAAAUUUGGAAGACUUCUAGCAAAGAAAUAGAGAGUACAACUAUAAAAAAACACUGUAGAAAUAAGGGAUAUGCCUGCAGAGCAUUUGCUGUUUGCUUGGGCUAGUUUGAAACUAGCUUGGUCACUGCUAGUGCAAAUAACGCAGAACCUGGGGGCUACGUGCAACCUGAUGGGGGCUCUGAGCAACCUGAUCUUGUUGAAAAUGUCCAUGCCCAUGACAGGGGUUGGAACUAGAUAAUCUUUAAAGGUUCCUUCCAACUCAAAUUAUUCUAUGAUUCUGUGAUGAUUCCCAGCCAGACUGUGGCAACUCUUGACAAGUUCUUUGCUACUAUAGCUCUAAUCCUAACAGUAACACAGCUAAAAAAAGUUAAAACUAGCUUUGGUAUGUUUAAGCAUUGAAUAUACUGUAGGCUAACAGUGUUCUUGCAUCACAUUUGAUGUUUCAGAUGAGGUGAUUUAAAAUGUAACUGCCUUGCAAACUGUACUUUUGGGAACUGAAUGUUGGCAUAUUUAUUAUGUCAGUAUAUAGUUGUAUUUAUUUGCAGCUAAGGAAUGUCACGUUACGUAUUUCAUUAGUAUUUCUCUUUCUGAAUUACUGAGCAGUUAGGAUAUACUUCCAUUUCAUCACAAUUUUGCAGUUUCCUCUUCAUUUGUGAACACCAAAACCAAACAAAACACCAAAAAGCCCACUGAAGUUAAGUAGAAGUGUUUGAAUAUUGUCAUGUCAAAGAUUUAAACCAGUGAAAAGAAUCCAUGCAAGUUGUAAUGAACUUUGAAAAGGGGGAGUGAAAACAGUAGCUACUUUAAUACUGGGUCAGUGUUGGAUUUCAUAAAAAGUAUGGAUAGCAAAAAUCUCUAGUCACACUUACUGCUCCUACUGAAUUUGUAGUUCUAGUUUUUAGGCAUUUAAAGAUACACGUAUUCUGAUAUCUGUGUUGGGAAAUGAGUCCUGUGCACUCUGCUUAAGAAGGGUGCCCCCCUUAGCUGUGAAGUGAGUGAGACUUUUUGUGAGGGAAGGUGAAGGAUAUGCAAAUUCUAGUCUGUGCUAAUAGUGACACUUCGGGCAAACUAUAAUAUAUUUUAUUAUUUAGGUAGGAUAGCAUGUUAAGAAACAACCACCUUUAUACUGCUGUAACUUAUACUACUGGAAAAAGCAUGGUAUAUAAUGUACCUUUAUUUUGAAUUGAGCACUUGUAAAAUAGUGAUUAACAGUAUUAAUGGGAAUGGCGGAAACCUGCUAUCUUUUCAGUAUUUAUUCUUGCUAUUUUAAAACAUAACCAUGACAAUUUUUACGUAUGAAGUAUUUAAAAAGUGAUUACUCUGAUUUUCUGUAGUUAUCAUUGUUUAUAUUUUAUUAAAUUCAUCUUGGAAUACUGUAAGUGUUACAGGAAAAAUACAAUAUUUUCUUCAAAUUUUCAUUCUCUAUUGCCGUAAUUACUUGCCAUCUGAGGGGCAUUUACAAUACGAAUAGAGAUCACUUUAUGAAGGAAAACUUUUUGUGGGGCUUCUUAAAGAAAUCAGACCUAUAAUUGCAGACAAAUAUGUGCAUCUUAAUUAUUAACAAAAAUACUACUUAGGGUAUAUAUUGUCUCCGGCUUUUAUUUUUCUUUAAAAUUCAGAAAAUUAUGAAUUUUUUUUUUCAGAGCAAUUUAUUUGUAAAUCUUGUAAACUUUCUGAAACUUUUACAUUCCUCUUUCCUAAUAGGCUCUGCAGGAAUAUGUACUGCUUCAUGGCAGUUCUAGCUGUGCCUCUAAUUAAGUAGUCUAAUCUGAAGCUGAGACACUCCUACACCAUUUGAUUACAUUAGCAGAAACUCAGCAUUGCUAGCGAAAAAGCACCUUGAACUAGAUCCCUUUCUAAUACAUUAAAUGCUGUCAUUGACUAUGUUGAUUAUAUUUGGUAUCUUCUGUUUCAGUCAUAUGGUAUGCCCAAUCAGGUUUAUUCUUUGGUCUAUUAAAAUGUACUGGAAUGUAUUCCUCAGCUUGCUUUUGUGUGAGUAUGUGUGUUUUAGUUGUAAUUGGCAGGCAAUAAUAAUAUGGAACUUCAGUUAUUUCUUAAGGAUAAUGUUAUAUUUGACAUAUUCCUGUGAAUUAUGAGAGUUUCAGAGUGACAGCUUAACUACCACUGUAGAAAUUAAGUAUUUUCUGUAGAAAUACUUUAUAUUUCUAUAGCAGUGUCUGGAAGAUAAGGGAGUUCCUUUGUAAGUAUAGGUAAGGUGAUAGAAGAUACUCAUUCUCCAGUGUGUAUUAAGAUAGGCUGUAGGAGUGCUGCUUAUGGGUAGACUAUCUUCAUUUGCCUUAUGAUACAAGUAUGUAUGCAUAACACCUUGUUUUGAAAUUCACCGAGUUAUAAAUUUUUUCUCUGUAGUCUUCUAAAUUAUUGUUGUACUGGAUACAUUUUUGAAAUGUGUGUUAAAAUAUAUAGUCAAAGAGUUAAGUUGGCAUGAAAUAAAUAAUUUCUGCAAUACAUUU